GUGGGUGUGUGGUGGUAUGAUUCAGGCUUAAUUAAGUAGUUGUGUCUGCGCAGGGUUACAAGGAGCAGCUGUUCCAGCUGAUAAUCUAGUCAGUAGGCAACUGAGAGGUUCGCCUCUGACCAAACAGACGGAAGGGAAGCCGUUCGAUACUGGUUCUGCCUCCCACCAUGGCAAAAAUCAUCUUGAGGCACCUCAUUGAGACUCCAGUGCGCUAUGAGGAGGAGUUUGAAGCUCGAGGCUUGGAAGACUGCAGGCUGGAUCACGCUUUAUACGCACUGCCGGGGCCAACCACUGUGGACCGGAGAAAAGCCAGGGCGGCCCAGGUUCCUCCGGUGGACUCAGAGGCGGAAAUGCUGGCCCAAGCAGGCAAAUCCCACUUCCAGAUCCUGCUGGACGUGGUCCAGUUCCUCCCUGAGGAUAUCAUCAUUCAGACCUUCGAAGGCUGGCUGCUGAUCAAGGCUCAGCACGGAACCAGAAUGGAUGAACAUGGUUUUAUCUCAAGAAGCUUCACCCGACAGUAUAAACUGCCAGAUGGCAUCGAAACCAAAGAUUUGUCUGCCAUCCUCUGUCAUGAUGGAAUUCUGGUGGUGGAAGUAAAGGAUCCAGUUGGGACUCAGUGAAAUCUUAAUCAAUUCUUGUUCAUACGGCAAGAGGAAGAUUAUAGUUCAGCCAAUGGUACCACAGGAAUGUUUGUAUUAACCACCUUUGAAAUGAUUUUUAUGAAGAUUAAAAAUAGAGACAUAGUUCCUGGUAUGUUGAGGUUGUGUUUGUUAUUCUUACUCAGAGAGGAAAAUUGUUAAAUGUUCCUAUAGCUCAAAGGGAUGCUAUUCUUAUACCUGAAACGACAGUUUAGGAGAUGACUCGGAUACUAGUGAAGACUCAGAAUUAUUUCUUCAUUACUCCAAAAAAUGCCCCAGAAACUGCAUUCGUAAUAAUUGAUGGCAAAAGAGCCAUAUGAAUUUCUUAUCCAUUUUAUGAAAACCUCUUGUAUUGCUAAAAAAAGUUGUGAUUCCCUUCACUUGACAAGCUUUUUAAUGAAUUUUAAUUAAAGUGGAAUUUGUAAAUAUAGAGUCUGAAGAUUAAAAUGUAGCACUUAGAAAUUUGGCCUGAAAUAUAUUUGAUUCAUUACAGCUGUUACUGCCUUAAACAUAAUACUGGAAUUUUCAGAUGUAAAUUCUAUUUUUAAAAAGUUCUAAAUCUGUACCUCAUUUUUUAAAAGUCUAUUUGAGUCCUGUUUGAAUGUAUUUUUAACAACAGCAUAUGUUCUGUGGAUAUUUAUGCAAUAUUACAAAGAUAUGUGUUGACUCAUUCAUAUAAGUUUGUAUUAAGUUUAGGAGACCACUUUAAAAAGUGUAAUUACUGAAUUCAAAGAGUUUUACUCUACAUUCUUUGAUGCUACUUAACAUUUUAGAUUUCAGAAGAUGGCAAAAUGCACCACAUCUGCUCCCUGCAUAAUCCUUAGCUUUAAAUAGCCUGGCAGGUAGUAGAGGUUCCUGGGCUGGAGCUUGCACAGGGGCCAAGAAGGGCUGAGACAUUGGUGUAGGUUAAGGAUUUGCUUAAGGAAUAUUGCCAUCUAUAGCUGGUCUGUGACAUUCCAAAGAUUUGCUAUCUCAUUCUGUACAUGCUAAAUAUUUCUCGGGAGGAAGUAGCCACUUUUACCCCACACCCCACAUGUGUUGCUGGUGAGCCCGUGCACAGCACUGGGAAUAGAAGGGGCUGAGUGUGCAAAGAGCCGGGGUGGAUGCAGGCCACUGACCACACCCCUGUGCUCCUCCACAGGGCUUUGUCAUUUGAGUGAAAAUGCAAGAGACACGAAGCAAGAGAAAAAGAAAUCAAACAGUUCUCAAAGAAGUUUUGAAAGCAAACUUGAUUGGAGAGAUUUGUUUACAAUGUAAUUAAAUUGAAAGGAUUUUGAAACUAUGUGUUAAUGCUUAUUCACUGAGGUUUGUGCAACUUAAGAAAUUUUGUUUGACAAAGUGAGUAUCACAGACCAGCUCUGCUACAUUACAAAGAUGAUCAUAAUUAAUGGGAUUCUAUCUAUUAUGAUUACAGCUGGGAUACCAUUUGUCCCACAUUAGAUAAUUCUUUCUUAAUGAUUGGCAGGAUGGUGUGAAAACAAAGUAGUGCUUUGAGAAACCAAUCAAUAAACAAACAAACAAACAAAACCC